AAUUGAGGCCUAAAAAACUCAAGUUAAGGAAACGGUCGGAGCCCUAAACGAGAAUCAGUGGUCGAAGGAGGAGGAGGAGGAGAAAUACACGAUGCCAAAACGAGCGAGCGCGGGCCGGAAUCGGAACGAGUCGCUGUUGACUCGGUCCGUCACCUCGGUCUUCACCUUCGUUCGGUUCGCCGAAUUCGAGAUCCUUUUCGUUCUGUUCUUCCUCAUCGCUUUCAUCGUCUUCAAAGAUCUCACAGCCAGGCCCGAGUACAAUCAGAUCCUCGUGAAGAAGCCGGGUGGCCCUGAUUGGUGGCCUUACUAGACAGGUUUACGGAGAAACAUGAAGGAUUGUUGGAUCAAAAAGCAUAUCUGAAGAACAAGAAUCCAUGUGAAAUUUGGGGGCAUUUCUGGGUUUGUAAAAUGAUUCGAGGAUAAUACCUGAUUCCCUUUUUUGUUCUCUUUUUUCUUUUUCUUUUUUGUUGCUUGUUAGUUUGGUUUGAUAGCUUCUAUGGUUGGCAUAGCUUCGGAUUUGGAUCAAUUGUAUUCUGGGGGUUAUGUCCUUCAGAUGUUGUAUUUCUUGUUUGGGCUUUCAAACGAAUUCGUUCUUGUUAUGGAAAAACAUUCGUACUAAUAAGAAAAAUGAAGGAUUAGAUGAA